UCAUUAACAGACAGAAUGAAUCGAACAUACCAUCUCUGCAACUGUCCUACUUGCGGGUCUGUCAAUAUCUCUUGUCAGUCCGACAGCAAUGUAGAGUGGAUAGGCGUACUUGAUUUUGCAUUCGGAAUUCUACCUAACGGAACGGAUUGCAGUUCGGAAGCUGUGUCUUCUUUCGUGAUUCCGAAGACAGGAGAUAAAAAUGUGAACUGUGAUCAGAGCUACAGCACCAUGGUAGACGUGUUACGCAAUUUGUCGGGAAAAAUGAUAACAAAGAAUAAUCAAAAUGAUUAUGCAGAUGGUUAUAAAAACAUCUAUGUUAAGGAUUAUUGCACAUCGAAAACGGGAUACUUCAUAGCAAAAUUUGACUGCGUUAAACACCAGUAUAGCAAUGAUUUGAAAAUUGACAACAGUUGCAACUACAAUAAAACAUUGGAUGCUCUCCCCAUCUCAAGUGAGUCUUAUCCAAGAGGAAACAUAAGCACAAAUGUAGGAUCAUGUAAAUGUACUCUAACGACCACCGCCUCGGAGCUAGUACUGCGGACAUAUGACAACGGCCUGGACGCAAAUCAGACGUUGACAUUGUCCUUCGCUAACAGCUCCAUCAUUAAACAAUGGAGAAAGGCAGAAAAGAUGGAAGAAGUUAUAAAUACAACAUAUAUUACGGGGCCAUUCUCAAGCACGCAGUUAUUGCUUAAUUGGGAGAACAGAGCAAAGAUGGCUAAGGGAAAGCUAUGGAUAGUGUUACAAGCUGUUAACGGCAGUAUCACAACUAUAUGUAAACAGAACACCUCUACGACGUCGGCUCCAGCAGCAACAAUAAACGGUUCCGUAUCAACACCAUCAAACACAGGAAAUUCAAACAAUUCCCCAACAGCACCACCAAAUACAUCGAAUGCUUCCCCGACCAUAUCACAAAAAUCUGCAUCAUUAAAUUCUCCGUCUGUGCAUUCAAAUGCAGCAACAGUUAACAAUUCCGUAUCAACGCCAUCAAAUACAAGAAAUUCAAACAAUUCUCCAACAGCACCACCAAAUACAUCGAAUGCUUCCCCGACCAUAUCACAAAAAUCUACAUCAUUAAAUUCUACUUCUGUGCAUUCAAAUGCAGCAACAGUUUCAUCGACUCUAACAUCAAAUUCAAGAACAAUGGAUGUUUCCUCCUCAAGCCGAUCGGAUUCCACUUCGAAAUCAGACCAGGCUACAACGCAUCCAUCCAGCAAAAAUCCAGAGGAAUCGUCUGACGAGAAAGGAAGCACUGCUGCUAUUAUUGGUGGAGUUGUGGGAGGAUUGAUAGCUCUGAUCUUACUCAUACUAUGUUGUCUGUGCUUGUGUCUGAAAAAGAACCGGAAAACCGAACCAGAAAAGAAUGAACAGCCUGCAAACAGCAAAUUUAAAAACGAAAAUAACGCUAAAGGUAAACCAAAUGACAAUCAUGUUGGCACAGCGUUUGAAAAUUCUGCUGAAGUUGCUGCUGCAGCUUCUAUCACACGCAACACUCUUCCACCUCUACCAUCUGGGCGUUUCCUGAAUAACGUGCAAAAGACGGCCGAUCAGAACAGUUUAGACACAAGCAGGCGUGGUCAUAUUCUCCCUGAAGCAAAAAGCAAGCAAGAGGCAAGCCCUAGUGAAAAUGGUAAACUAAACGAUGCUCUUUACGCACAUCUCAUUGGAGAUGUACCUGAGGAGAACAAAUUCACAAGCGACGACAUAACUCCUCUAACUGGACCAACUGUUAGUUCAGCCGGAAAUAUGCAUAGCGCAUCAAUAACAGAAUCCCGGGAAAACGAUGCCGCAGACGAAAAUGGACAAAAGGAAAAAAAGAAGAAAAAGAAAAGGAAGAAGAAAAGGAAGUGGAACACGAUAGGAGCACUGCUUGAUGAAGAUGCCACAACGGAACCAGAAAAAAUACACGAUACUGAACAGUUCCGGACAUAUGAUAUUUAAAUCGGCAAAUUACUCUGAUCAGUAUCAGAGAGCCAAAUAUACUAAGUAUUUUCUGUACAACAGAUACACUCCCAUUCUUGAGCAGUAACUGAAAUUUAUAGUAACUAGAGUUACUGCCCUCUGCUAUUUUUAUUUAUUAUACCUCACAUAAAUGUCUAAUGCAAAUUUCCCAUUAGUUUAACUUGAAUUUUAUAUCAUAUUCCCCAAUGAUUUUAUGACUCAUGUGCAAAACCGUUAUUUUCAAUUUCUGCGCAGGUGAUAUGAUCCAUGAUUUCAUAUCACAUGCGCAACAGCGUUAUUUUGUUUUUCUGCG